UAGUGUCUGCAGAGGGCUAAUCCUUAGAGUGGGCGGACUUUAGAGACUCAGGUCUGUCAAGGAUCAAAUCUGCUCUUCAUCCGGGAUUUGACACAUCAUAAGACAAUUUUCUCUUCCUAUAUCCCUCCUCACACUUUCAAACAGCUUGUUGCUAGGCCAACAUGGCAGCUCAGUGUGUCACCAAGGUGGAGCUGACAGUGUCCUGUGACAAUCUCCUGGACAAAGACAUUGGCUCCAAAUCAGACCCUCUUUGUGUCCUGUUAAUGAGCAGCUCCAACUCUCAGUGGUAUGAGGUGGCACGCUCAGAGAAAGUCCAGAACUGCCUCAGUCCAAAGUUUGCCAAAAAGUUUGCCAUCGACUACUACUUCGAAAUAGUACAGAAACUCAAGUUUGGAAUUUAUGACAUCGACAACAAGACAAUUGACCUGAGUGAUGAUGACUUCCUGGGGCAACUGGAGUGUACCUUGGGCCAGGUUGUAUCCAGUAAAAAACUGACACGGCCUCUCGUCUUGAAGAACAAGUCUCCUGCAGGAAAAGGCACCAUCACUAUCAGUGCAGAAGAAAUAAAAGAUAACAGAGUGGUGAACUUUGAGGUGCAAGCAAGGAAAUUAGACAACAAGGAUUUAUUUGGGAAGUCUGACCCUUACCUGGAAUUCUACAAGCAGACGGCAAAUUCAUGGCAGCUGGCUCACAGGACAGAGGUGGUGAAGAACAACUUGAAUCCAACAUGGAGACCCUUUCGAAUCCCCCUGCAGUCUCUGUGUGGAGCAGACAUGGACAAACCCAUAAAAAUCGAGUGUUACGAUUAUGACAACGACGGUUCUCACGAUCUCAUUGGAAGCUUUGAGACAACAAUGACACGCCUCCAGGAAGCAUCACAUUCUUCUCCGGCGGAGUUUGACUGCAUAAACAGUAAAAAGAAACAGAAGAAGAAAAGCUACAAAAACUCUGGGGUGGUGAGCGUGAAGCUGUGUCAGGUGGUGAAGGAGUAUACAUUCCUGGAUUAUAUCAUGGGAGGCUGCCAAAUAAACUUCACCGUGGCCAUCGACUUCACAGGCUCCAACGGGGAUCCCAAGUCCCCUCAGUCUCUGCAUUACAUUAGUCCUCAGGGCGUUAACGAAUACCUUUCUGCUAUCUGGUCUGUGGGUAAUGUCAUCCAGGACUACGACAGUGACAAGAUGUUUCCUGCUUUUGGCUUUGGAGCCCAGAUUCCUCCCACUUGGCAGGUUUCCCACGAGUUUCCACUCAAUUUCAACCCAUCAAAUCCAUUUUGUACAGGUGUUGAAGGGAUCGUGGAGGCCUACAGGGUGUGUUUGCCACAGGUCAAACUCUACGGUCCCACCAACUUCUCCCCGAUCAUCAACCACGUGGCCUGCUUUGCUAAGCAAGCCCUACAACAGACCACUGCAUCACAAUACUUUGUUCUGCUCAUCAUCACUGACGGAGUGAUCACUGACAUGGACGAAACCCGCAACGCCAUCGUCAACGCCUCUCGUCUGCCCAUGUCCAUCAUCAUCAUCGGAGUAGGAGGGGCGGACUUCAGUGCCAUGGAGUUCCUGGAUGGAGACGACGGACGCCUGCGCUCUCUGUCUGGUGAGACAGCCACGCGCGACAUCGUCCAGUUUGUGCCGUUCAGGCAGUUCCAAAAUGCUCCCAAAGAAGCACUGGCAAAGAGUGUGUUAGCAGAGGUCCCAGGUCAGCUGGUGGAAUUUUUCAAUAUCAUGAAGCUGAAUCCGCCCGUCGCCAAAACUGCACAAAACCCUGCAGCGACUGUCUGACAGUUGCAAGGAGGAACCACAAACAGACCACUAUCAUCUCCUGCAGACUCAAAUCUGAUCCCAGCUUCAUCUCAUCACCCAGUUAAAUGACCCCACCCACAAAACCUUAUUCACUCAUCACUUAAAUGUCACCACCAGCUCACCUUCACAUUCUCCACGCUUCAUAAACACUCCACACUGUUCCCCAGUCAAGUGUCCCUAUAGACGUAGCUGUUGUUAUUUCUUUAUAUCCAUGUAUAUUCAUUUUAGCAGCUGCUCAGUGCCGCUAAAUCUAAACAAUAUUCAGUCAUUCCAUUAUGAUUUUAACUGCAUGAGUAGGGAAUUGAUAAUAUCUAUAGAGUUAACUAAAACGGACACUUUAUGCAUAUAAUAAUAAUAGCAAAGUCGCCACUCAGGGUCAUUAACACCCUGCUGUUUGUUCGUUUUUUUAAUUCUUUAUAAGAGCGUGCCAUUUAUUUUUUUGGGCCUGCUUUGAUGGCUGCAGCAUCCUUUUACAUUGGUUCUGUAAAAGGCUAUUACACUCUCUCUUUUUUUUAGUCAUGUAACCCUGGUGUCAAGGUGCAUAGAUCUAAGGUCAGUGACCCUCUCAUGUAUGAUGUUUACAUCCUCAGUAUGAGAGCUGCAGUGAUGCUAGUAGUACAGUAUAUUUUUACAUAUGCCAAGAAGCUUUGUAGUCUAGAGUCUAUACUUGUUGUCUUUGCACUUACCCAUAAUCACGUGAGCUAGGAAAAGUCUAGCAUUUGCUGCCCUAUCAUGAGAGAUCUUUAAAUGUCCAGUGUGUAGAAUUUAGGCAUAAUCCAUCUAUGGAAAUGAAAUAUUUUAUAGUCAUUAUAGGUGUCAUUUUUAUUAUUCAUUUAUCACCUCAAACUAAAAAAUGUUUGUGCAUUACCACCACUUACUAUGCAGGAGUGAGCAAAACAGUUUUCCUCACCUUUGGCCUCAGUCAGACCUGGUGUUAAUGUCUGUCCUCAGUGAGGGGACAACCUUAAGUACAAUUGCCAUUAAAAUGGGUCUCUUGUGACCACCCAGUAAAGAGAAAGAAAGAAUAAAGAUGAGAGACGCUGAGUGAAUCAAAGCACUACUAUAACAUGAGACAAGAUUGUAACCAUCCGACAGUUGGUGUUAAUAUUGUGACAGUGGCUAUAACUAAAUUAACAUAAGUCAUGAUAAGUGAAAAAAUCCCUAAGACUGAUUGUGUUCAUGCAAGAUCAGGUCUGAACAGGGACUUAGAUGUACAAGUCCUUAACAUUAAGCUAGGGUCAGGUCCUCUUUCACAAAGUCUGCCAUGUUUAGACAGAUAAACACUGACUCUCUCGUUGUAGUUUGCAACUUCACCCCUAGAUGCCACUAAAUCCUACACACUGGUCCUUUAAGUAUUAGAUGGAACUGGAAGCUCUCAUUUUUUAUCUCACUCUCAUCAUCCAAAAUGUGUUUGUUUGUGUUUGCCACUGUCACCGACGUGUCUGGUGAGCAAAGACAACUUGGGUUAGCUUCCGGCCAUUUACUUUUAAUUUAGUCAUGAUUUAAUCUCAGUUUAUAAAGGACAUCCAGUAACAGAGGUGAUGAUUCAGUGCUAAUGUGGGACCUCCAAAUUGUCAUGGAGGAUUCAUUACAGGACUGUUGAAUUAGCUGAGUUAAUAAACUGACACCUGUAUGUAUAUCAGUAUUAACUUGCUCUCCCUGUAGGAAGUCAGUGCCAUAUUAUUCCAUCGUUAUUUGUUAAUAUUUUUUUCUAAAAUCUAUAAAAUGUCUAUCUGAGGUUUCCUGUUGCUGAGAGCUGAAAUGCUUCAUGUACCUUUGUGUUAACAUCCAAAGAGUGUAUCAAGCUUGCAAAUAAAACAGCUGCGAUUCAACAUAAA